GAAUACAGCGGCAGUAUAUGCCACUCCUGGGCAUGUAGUCAGCCCCGACCGACUCUCUUGCCACCCUCCAACGACCCGCAUAUCCGCCCCUGACCAUGGCCCACAGGAAACGUAUGUCUGUGUCCAGCAUGAGCUUGAGGAGCCCGUCGCCGAAGCCAGGCCUCAGCUUGCAGGCCCCGGAGCUCGAGGCUUGGGUCAAGACAUGGGAGACCGUACCGGCAAGGGAUCUCAUUGAUUCACCGGUUAUAGCGGUCGACGCGCAGACGAGCGUUGAAGAUGCUUGCGAGGUUUUGUUGAGCAAGGACGUCUCGUGUAUCGCGGUGAACAGACCUCCCUCAUCCUCUGUUCACGAAGCACCAUUCAUCGGCCUAUUCGACUUUCCGGAUGUGAACGCUUUUCUAACUCUCGCCGCGACAAGGCAUCGCUGGUCUCCUGAAGAGCUCCGUGAAAAGCCUCGAACAGAUGAAAUCAUCAUCGCAGCGAAAACGGGUCGUGUACCAGUACACCUCAUCAGCAACUUGUCCGAGAAGAACCCUCUUGAGAUUCUUCCCUAUGACGCAACCAUCAUAUCGUUACUAGCCAUCUUCGCAAAGGGAACCCACAGAGCCGUCAUUCGGGCUCCAUCGCCGCCCUCCGAGUAUGUCGGCAUGGUCUCGGACAAGGCCCUGCUCGAGUGGUUCACAGUCAAUGGCCAGCGGACGCCCGGCCUUGAGUCAUUCUUCCAAUCGUCACUGGCGAGCCACGCGCUGCCCUCACUAUAUCUGUACAGCUCAGUUGUGGCGUUGAAGGCGAGCGAUACCGUGCUUGAUGCGAUGCACCUCAUGAGCGACUGCGGUGUUAGCAGCGUUGCUGUCCUCGAGGAGGACGGAGGGCGCCUAUUGAGCGCCGUGUCUGCUACUGAUAUCGGAAAGUUGGUUGUUCCAUCUCAAAGCAGCCAGAUCCUGUCCACCCCUUUACAUGUCUUCAUUUCUCUAAUCAAAGAACCAGAUGGGUCGACAGAUGGUAUUGACAAGUAUCCCGUGUAUAGCGUGGCGCCUACAAGCACUCUACUUUAUGCCAUGCAGAAAACCGUUGCAACCAAUUCGCACAGAUUAUUCAUCUCGGACGACACAAUUCCUUCACCGCCAGCUCAUCAUGGUCCAAGUGUGUCUGGAGUCGUGUCGAUUGUUGACGUCCUUUCUAUUUUUGCACACCUCGCCAAACUGCCCAAUGUGGACCCACAGGCGAUGGUCCGACACCGCAGAGCGUCCUCCGCGUCCUCCGGUUCCUCAUUCUCGUCGCGCUCGCCUGACUCGUAUGCACAUAUCGGGCGCUCGCGCUCGAGCAGUCGCACGGGGCUCAGUGGCAGCGUGCGGGGCAAGCGCAUGUCUAUCUCGUCCAACUCGGGCGUCAGCCUGAGCCCUGGGCUCCCGCCUACUCUGCCUAGCUCUUCUGGAUCGGGGCUCAGCGGACGCAUCCCCAGCAUGGAGAGCUUACAGUCCACUACUCAAUGGGCCGAGAGGGUACCGAGGUGACCGCUACAAGGUAGCAUAUGACCGAAGGCUUGUGAAAUAAUACAUGCAUUCAGUUUUCUCCAUCCGCUCUACGCAAGAUUGUACUAUCAUGUUCUAGCGCCAGUGAUAUGCCUCCGGAAAUGUACGCAAAGUGAUCAAGCC